AUGACUGGAGGCCUUGCCGGCGUCGUUGAGGUACAGGUGCUGGCUCCGGUCUCGUUCCUGACGUGCCUAUCGUCCCCGUCGCCGGAGAAGUUGCUGCGUGGUCGCACCGGAGGGUUUAUCAAGGAAGGUUCAGAAAACUCACUGAACAAACUGAUGGAUCCUACCACUGUUGAUUCGAAAUGGACGUCUCCCAUCACUGAAGAUGGGUCCAUGGACAGACGAGGAAACCCAGCUGUCAAGACAACCACUGGAAGAUGGAGAUCUGCCAUCCUGCUGUUAGCUAACUAUGGACUCGCGACGUGCGCCUUCUUCGGCGUCGGCGUGAACCUGGUGGUGUUCCUGCGACGGGUGCUCCACCAGGGCAACGCCGAGGCGGCCAACAACAUCAGCAAGUGGACAGGGACCGUCUACAUCUUCUCCCUCAUCGGCGCCUUCCUCAGCGACUCCUACUGGGGCCGAUACGUCACAUGCGCCAUCUUUCAGAUCGUCUACGUGACGGGCCUGGUGAUCCUGUCGCUUGCCUCAUGGUUCUUGUUGGUGAAGCCCUCCGGCUGCGGCGGCGUCAAGGCGCACUGCGACAAGCCGUCGGCGCCCGGCGUCACACUGUUCUACCUGUCCACCUACAUGAUCGCGUUCGGCAACGGAGGGUACCAGCCUUCCAUCGCGACGUUCGGGUCGGACCAGUUCGACGAGACGGACCCCAAGGAGGCGCGCUCCAAGGUGGCCUUCUUCAGCUACUUCUACCUGGCGCUAAACGUCGGGUCCCUGUUUUCCAACACGGUGCUCGUGUACUACGAGGACUCAGGGCGGUGGGUCAUGGGGUUCUGGGUCUCGGCGGCCGCCGCCGCGCUGGCGCUCGUGCUCUUCUUGCUCGGCACGCCCAACUACCGGCACUUCAAGCCGAGCGGCAACCCGUUGACCCGCGUCGCGCAGGUGUUCGUCGCCGCGUUCCGCAAGUGGCACGCUGAGGUUCCCCGUGGCGAGCUCCUCCACGAGGUGGAAGGAGAGGACCCUAAGAUCUCGGGCAUCCGCAAGAUCCUUCACAGCGACGAGCUCAGGUUCCUCGACAAGGCGGCGACGGUCACCGAGGGGAGAAGAUGGAGAGCCCGUGGAGGCUCUGCACGGUGA